CCGCGCCGUGCCGACCUGCAGCGCCCGGCUGCCUCGCACUCCGCCUCCCCCGGCUCAGCCCCCGGCCGCGGCGGGACCAGAGCCCUGAUCCGCUUGUGAGCGUCAUUGCCAGAUCCAGAGCUACUGGAGAACUUCUCAUUAUUCCAGGAGACUCCAGGAGCGUCUCUCCCACUCCCCAAGUCUCCGGGUGAAGGAGCGAGCGGAGCUCUGGACAAGGGCACAGUGCUGAAGGACUUCGGGAAGAUAUGACCGGGAGCCAGCUCUAAGGUAGCUGAGUCAGCUUUUCCCCAGGAGCUCUCAGAGCAGCGUUGCCAGAGACGGCAGUACAGCCAUUGCGACAAAUCACCCCUUUUAAUGUUCUUUGGCAGAGAUCAAAUCUACACGUUGUGCAAUGGUAGAUGGAGUGAUGAUUCUUCCUGUGCUAAUGGUGAUUGCUUUCCCUUCCCCUAGCAUGGAAGAUGAGAAGGCUAAGGUAAACACCAAACUUUACAUGUGUGUGUGUGAAGGCCUCUCCUGUGGGAAUGAGGACCACUGUGAAGGCCAGCAGUGCUUUUCCUCACUGAGCAUAAACGAUGGCUUCCAUGUCUACCAGAAGGGCUGCUUCCAGGUGUACGAGCAGGGGAAGAUGACCUGUAAGACCCCGCCAUCACCUGGCCAAGCUGUGGAGUGCUGCCAAGGGGACUGGUGUAACAGGAACAUCACGGCCCAGCUGCCCACUAAAGGGAAAUCCUUCCCUGGAACACAGAAUUUCCACUUGGAGGUUGGCCUCAUUAUUCUGUCCGUGGUGUUCGCAGUAUGCCUUCUGGCUUGCUUGCUGGGAGUUGCUCUCCGAAAAUUUAAAAGGCGCAACCAAGAACGUCUCAAUCCCAGAGAUGUGGAGUACGGCACCAUCGAAGGGCUCAUCACCACCAAUGUUGGAGACAGCACGUUAGCAGAUUUAUUGGAUCAUUCAUGUACGUCAGGAAGCGGCUCUGGUCUUCCUUUUCUGGUACAAAGAACAGUGGCUCGUCAGAUCACACUGUUGGAGUGUGUCGGGAAAGGCAGGUAUGGUGAGGUGUGGAGGGGCAGUUGGCAAGGGGAGAAUGUCGCUGUGAAGAUCUUCUCCUCCCGGGAUGAGAAGUCAUGGUUCAGAGAAACAGAAUUAUACAACACUGUAAUGCUGAGACAUGAAAAUAUUUUAGGUUUCAUUGCUUCAGACAUGACGUCAAGACACUCCAGUACCCAAUUGUGGUUAAUCACACAUUAUCAUGAAAUGGGAUCUUUGUACGACUAUCUUCAGCUUACUACUCUGGAUACAGUUAGCUGCCUGCGAAUAGUGCUGUCCAUAGCUAGUGGUCUCGCACAUUUGCACAUAGAGAUAUUUGGGACCCAAGGGAAACCAGCCAUUGCUCAUCGAGAUUUAAAGAGCAAAAACAUCCUGGUUAAGAAGAAUGGACAAUGUUGCAUAGCAGAUUUGGGCCUGGCAGUCAUGCAUUCCCAGAGCACCAAUCAGCUGGACGUGGGAAACAACCCCCGUGUGGGCACCAAACGCUACAUGGCCCCCGAAGUUCUAGAUGAAACCAUCCAGGUGGAUUGUUUCGAUUCUUACAAGAGAGUGGAUAUUUGGGCCUUUGGACUUGUCUUGUGGGAAGUGGCCAGGCGGAUGGUGAGCAAUGGUAUUGUGGAAGAUUACAAGCCACCAUUCUAUGAUGUGGUUCCCAAUGACCCAAGUUUUGAAGAUAUGAGGAAGGUGGUCUGUGUGGAUCAACAGAGGCCAAACAUACCCAACAGAUGGUUCUCAGACCCGACGUUAACCUCUCUGGCCAAGCUGAUGAAAGAAUGCUGGUAUCAAAAUCCGUCCGCGAGGCUCACGGCUCUGCGUAUCAAAAAGACUUUGACCAAAAUUGAUAAUUCCCUAGACAAGUUGAAAACUGACUGUUGACAUUGUCAUGGUGUCAAGAAGGAAGAUUUGACGUUGUUGUUGUUGUCCAGCUGGGACCUAAUGCUGGCCUGACUGGUUGUUGGAACAGCAUCCAUCUGUCUCCCUCCCCAAAUGGCUGCUUUGACAAGGCAGACAUCUUACCCAGCCGUGUGUUGGGGAGACACUGAAACCACCCUAACCUCGCUCAAUGACUGUGAACUGGGCAUUUCACAAACUGUUCACUGCAGAGACUAACGUUGGACAGACACUGUUGCAAAGGUAGGGAACCGGAGGAACACAGAGAAAUCCUAAAAGAGAUCUGGGCAUUAAGACAGUGGCUUUGCAUAUCUUUCACAGGUCUCCUAGACACUCCCCACGGGAAACUCAAGGAGGUGGUGAAUUUUUAAUCAGCAAUAUUGCCUGUGCUUCUCUUCUUUAUUGCACUAGGAAUUCUUUGCAUUCCUUACUUGCACUGUUACUCUUAAUUUUAAAGACCCAACUUGCCAAAACGUUGGCUGCGUACUCCACUGAUCUGUUGUUGGAUAAUAGGAAUUCAAUUUGGCAAAACAAAAUGUAAUGUCAGACUUUGCUGCAUUUUACACGUGCUGAUGUUUACAAUGAUGCUGAACAUUAGGAAUUGUUUAUACACAACUUUGCAAAUUAUUUAUUACUUGUGCACUUAGUAGUUUUUACAAAACUGCUUUGUGCAUAUGUUAAAGCUUAUUUUUAUGUGGUCUUAUGAUUUUAUUACCGAAAUGUUUUUAACACUAUACUCUGAAAUGGACAUUUUCUUUUAUUAUCAGUUAAAUUCACAUUUUAAGUGCUUCACAUUUGUAUGUGUGUAGACUGUAACUUUUUUUCAGUUCAUAUGCAAAACGUAUUUAGCCAUUACCCAUGUGACACCACUGAAUAUAUUACUGAUUUAGAAGCAAAGAUUUCAGUAGAAUUUUAGUCCUGAACGCUGUGGGGAAAAUGCAUUUUCUUCGGAAUUAUCCAUUAUGUGCAUUUAAACUCUGCCAGAAAAAAAUAACUAUUUUGUUUUAAUCUACUUUUUGUAUUUAGUAGUUAUUUGUAUAAAUUAAAUAAAAUGUUUUCAAGUCAAAAGUGAA